AGCAGUAGGCAGAACGGGAUCGAGGAGCUACCAAAUCUAUCAAAGCCGUCUUACUUCUUAAUCACCAGACUUUGUGUGCACUCUGCUCUGGACAUGCGUGGUCUCAGACUCAUCAUGGUACCAGCUGAGCUACUUCUUUGCUGCUUCCUGCUGCACGCUGUGGAUGCCAUUUCAUAUGGAAACCAGACAAACGUCUUGGUGCACCUUCACUCAUCCUUGGGAUCCUGGCUACCUUCCUCAGCCCCAUUGUCUUGCCGGGCCCUGCUCCCCAAAUCCCUGCCUGGCUUCACCCACAUGGCCCUUCUCCCCAAGUUCCUGGUAGGCCUGCCCCUGAUGAUUGCCUUGGAGAACGCUGGCUGUCAAGCUGAUGUACGGGUCCUGCAGCUUCAGCUCUACCGCCAGGGGAGUGUAAAGGCGACACAGAUCCUCAUCAGACAUCUUCAAGAACUCGAGAAAAGCAGAAGCACAGGGACGGGAGUGUCAGUGGAUGCCCUGGCCUCUGCUCUGCAGCUGUUGGCCAGGGAGCACCCAGACCCAGAGAGGGCCCGACGAUCCCUCUCCAUCAAGGACUGUGAGCAGGAGCAGGAGCAGAGUGUGCACAAUGUCGUCCAGCUGUUGCCAGGAGUGGGAACCUUCUACAACCUGGGCACAGCAUUGUAUUAUGCUGUUCAGAACUGCUCGGACAAGGCCAAGGAACGAGGCCGAGACGGGGUCAUAGAUCUGGGUUAUGAACUUCUGAUGGCCAUGGCUGGAUUGUCAGGGGGGCCCACGGGAGUAAUGAUCAGUACUGCACUUAAACCUAUAGUGAAGUCUGGGGUUCAGCAGGUGAUCCAGUAUUAUAAUGAGAGAGAGGUGAACAGCCCUCCACCAGAGACCAGCAAGGAGGUCUUGGGGGGCACCUAAUUGAGUCACCUGGAAGAAACAACUACCAUGGCCCCUUUGGUAUCAGUAGUAAGUUCAGUUCCUUACUGGCAGUGGGCCUUACUCUAUGACUAUGGCUUAGACCCUAGGGAUGGGAAUACUACUGAGAUAUAAAAGAAGGUGGUAUGGAAUUCCUUGGCUGUCCAGUGGUUAGGACUCCACUCUUUCACUGCCCAAGGGGCCAGGU